AAUGGUCUCUUGUCUUUCCACGCGUGUGAGGGUUACUCAUUUUUUUAGGAAUUAAAAUAAUCUUAUAAAAUAAGACCAAGUCAUUAUUAAAUAAAUAAUUAAUUAAAUAUAAUAAUUAAUAAGUGAUUUUUUGUAUAUGGCGACUGUUGAAGAACUUGAUCUUACGGACAGCGGAAUGGAAAGCAGCGAUAUCCGUUCGCCAGAAGUUAAAUCCAUCCUUCCUGAUGAAGAAGAGGAAGAUGAUGAAAGUCUGGCAGAAAGACUUAUCGGCUUGACAGAAAUGUUUCCAGAUGAAGUUCGCAAUUUCGGGUAUAAUUUAGGAUCUUACUUCACAUCUCGUGUCAAAGCACUCUACAAGUUUUCCUGCUCGGCAACGUGGAUUGUGUUCAGCACAUCAGCAAUUUUGUUUGCUCCGAUAAUUAUUGAAAUGGAAAGAGCGCAAAUGGAGGAAAUGCAACGUUCGGUACAGAAGCAAGUACUUCUAGGACCCAAUACUGCAAUGUCUCAUAUGGGACCUGGGAUGGGAAUGGGACCUCCAGUCCAACGAUAAAUUUUCUUUGCGUAAAUAAAAAACAAAAAAAAAUAAAAUCGUGUUGAGAAAUAACAUCUCUUAUGCCGUAUGAACAUAAACACAAACUUAUUUAUCAACAUACUGUAAAACAAACAAUUAAAAUAUAAAUAUUUCAUUUCAUUUUUAA